AAACAAGACACGAGCCAAACGGCACGCGAGUCAAGGAUGUUGUUGGACUGCUCUUUCGCAGCAUCAUCAAAGGCCGAUGUCGGCGUCCGAUUGAACUGGGCCCCGCUCCGCCCCCGCCUCCACCGGCACGGACGGACGGACGGACCGGCGGAGACGUGCAUGAGGGGGCUGCGAAGAACACCUUGCACUGAAAUUCAAACGGAGCAAGAGCAACGGUAAUGGCCAAGGAGACGACGACGACGACCAAGACGAAGCAGGGACCGACGUCGGCUAUGGACGAGCUAGCACGGCAGCUGCGCCUGAUCCACCACGAGAGCUGGAUCAGCUUGAAGGAAAGGACGCGUAAGAAGACUUGGAAGCUAGCCGCUCUAUACCGGCGAGAUGAGACCAGCAAGGUCAAUGGCAACACCUCACGGAGUCACGGCCUUCGCAGCACCCCAGCAUACGAUUCCAUCGACACAGUCAUCGAUUUCCUCGUCCAAUACAAUCGCUGGCUUUUCCAGACAUGGGGCCGUGUCUCUUUGACCACUGUGACCCUCUCCCUUUUCACCCGGCCCUUCGACCUCUUCGUCCUGUACCUCUGGGCUUCGGUGACGACUCUGCUCCUUACUUUGCUACUCGUCCUCGAUAUACUGAUCAUCCUCUUUCCAACUACUGUGGGCUCAAUCUUCGAUGCCGCUACGGACUACCUCAUCGCUGGACGGCAGGCGGAGUCCAUGAAGCCAGGGGAGCAACACCGCGUCUUAUGGACCCAUUUCCCAGCAGAGGUCAGGCAAGCAGCUUUUCUCUCCCUGUCUGCCCCGUCUACAGCACAAUCGAGUUCAAACUUUCCAGAGGGCGACGAAGGCAACACGCACGUAGUGGAUCUCGACGUCAGCAAGCUCCUACUAGCCUUGAGCGCUCUCAUCUACACGCGCCGUCGAAAAGUUGUGAGCGAAAGCUUGCUUCUCUCCUCUCCACCACCCUCCGACCCCACUCUCGACCCAGACAUUACCAUCAGCGAGACUGCCUCUGCGUGCUUCGGGGGCUUACAUUACCAGCCCAUAUGCGAGCUCGGUCACGGUCGCUCCUCAACGUCGCCAGGCGCACCGGUCGCGGGACUGUUCUACCACCCCAGUCACCCCAACUUCAUAGUCUUGGCAUUCAAAGGCACAAGCCCAGCAGCUUUCAGCGAAUGGGUGGUCGACUUCGACUAUCGGUGGAUAGAUGCGAGUCGCUACCUUGGCCCAGGGUAUGGGCAGGUGCAUCGCGGAUUCUACGAGUCAUUCUUCCCCACUGGGAAUGGCAAGGAGGAUGCGUACAAAAAUGGGGUGACGCCUUAUGAGCUGAUCCGGCGAGCAAUUGUUGCUACGGCUGGGACACUGAGAAGGCUCAACGGAGAGAGGGAGGUGAAUGUCUACGUGACGGGACAUUCGUUGGGAGCAGCCCUUGCGAGCAUGUGGUACGCUCGUGCAGUGCAGCGACCAGGCGACUUUGCAAACGCCAGUUCCGGCUCUUCAGCAGGGCAAGCUCUGGCCGUGAUCCGAGACUUGCACGUGUAUGGUGCUCCCAUCUUCGGCGACGUACAUGCUGUCAACUCCUUCAACUACCGGCUCAAUGAGGACGACCCCGGCGAGCUCUCCAGCCAGAGUACACCGCGACCGCAGUCCUCCUCCACCCCUCCUGCCCGCAACCUCCGCCGAGAAGCCUGGCGCCUCGUAAGCCACCGAGACGCAAUAGGCACGCUCAUCCCCUCAUUGGGCGACGACGCAGGCGGAGCAACAGAUGUGGACGCCGCACUGAGCGCUUCGAACUCGUUCAACUACGCGCACGUAGGCCAGGAGAUUCAAUUGCGAGCCUCUCCCCAGCUCUCGUACACGGGACCGGGAACGACGCUUGUGAGAGGUACCCCCGUACGCAUCGUUUCAUCAGCGGUGGGGACUGCAGCGCCCUGGCGACUGGACGUGCCCCGCCUCUUGGUGAAGGCGCAGAAAGUUGUGCCUGUGCUGGGAAGGCUGCUGGCACAUGCGCCGCUGCUCUAUGCGCAGGAGCUGAAUAAGGUGAAGACCAAUGCCGGUAGUGGCAGGGUGGGAGACGAUGAGCAGGCUUUACCGUACGCUGAUUUUAAGUUCUUGCAGUGAGGGUAAAGGGCCACGGCGAGCGCGGCCACGACGCUCUGCCUGUCGGCCUGCUCGGCCUCUCCACGUCAUGAAUGGUCCGGAGGCGCAAUUAUCAGCAGCAUCAAGUGUACAAUAUCUGAAUUGCAAUCAAUUCAAUGAAUGGAGACGCGUGUAUCUAACUGAGCAGGCGGGUGGAUGUUAACCCGCGUCCGACACCUCAAUUCGGCUUAUCCCUCGAUCCGGGAUAACGUCCGUGGUAGCCCAGCUGUGCGCGCGAAAAAGCAACGACGUAAAUCAGCCUCCUGUGCUCGUCACCACUAAUUUCUUUCACCACGCAAACUUACCCUCCUGUGCACCUCGUCAGCCCAUACAUUCAUCUUCCCAACCUGAUCGUCCAUAUUCUCCAUCCUCCCCCUCAAGUCGCCGAUCACCUUCUCGAGCCUCUCGCGCUCGGCUCGCCACUCCUCG